GAUUACAGACCACCAGAUGCUACUCAUAAAAUCCCUCAUCAACAACUUUAACUUUUUGAUUCACUACCAUGAAAAAUAAAAAAACCACCUCAACUGAACAAAGUACACCAAAAACAGUAGAAAGAAGAGCACAAAACAAUAAGGUUAAAACACAAGAUUCUGCAGAGAGAUUCCCAAUUUAUUAGCCCAAACAACAACCACCACCGAGUCUUAUUCUACUAAGUGAAGUCAGGUGUAUGAAUCCCAAAAUGUUAUUGCGUUCAGUUUUGCGUCAAGUCUUAUGUUAGCUCAAAAUACUUCAUAUCUUUUUUUAAAUUCUCUUUCGUCUACAUAGGUCUUCCUAUACCCUUUUUGCCCUGACAUUCUGUCUCAUAGUAGCAUCUCCUAACCGGAAUAAAACAUGAGAUUUGAAUCCCAUGAGCAUUGAACAUGAGAUUUAGAUCCCAACAGAUCAUUCUCUUUUGCCUUUCCCCAUUUCAUACACUUCUUUUCUUGCAACCAUCUCUUGCUUGCAUAUCCAACUUACCCAAUUCCUCCUUUCUCAAGUUUUCUAUAUUCUCCCUCCCCUUCUCUCUUUUCGUCUCUCUUCGAUCCAAGAAAGAUACGAUUCUUCCUCUUGGUAUAUCAUAUAUAAAAUAAAUAUGCAGAGAAAGGACGUACAAGCUUCUUUUUUGCAGUACCUCCACCAUUUCUGUUCCUCUUGGGUAGUAUAUCUUGGCUUCCGCAUCAUUGUUUCGAGCCUCAAAGAAAACCUGCAAUCACAAGAGUGCAGAAGAAGAGAAGUAGCUAGGAGAGAUGGGUGUUGGCUCACUUCGGCGUUCUGCUUUGCUUUUCUUGUUUUUUUGCUUUAGUUCAGGUUCAAGUGUUCCAAAGAAUCCUCUUUUGGAAGCAACCCACCAAAGAAGAACGCAAGUGAAUCAAGAAAAGCAUAUACUUUCUGCAUCUUCGGUGUAUACUACGCAGCUCGAUAACAUUCCCACAGUCAAUCCAAGUACUCUACCAACAACUCCUACACCGUUUGUGAACCCGACAUACCCACCAUCACCAACCACAACUCCAAUCCCAAUACCACCGACCCUGACCCCGACAACUCCCACCACAACUCCCACCACGACUCCAUCAUCGGGUGGUACUUGGUGUAUUGCAAGCCAAUCUGCGGCACAGAAUGCCUUGCAGGUAGCUCUUGAUUAUGCUUGUGGCUAUGGAGCUGCAGACUGUUCAGCAAUUAAUCAGGGCGGAAGCUGUUAUAACCCAAACACUCUUCAAGGUCACGCUUCCUACGCCUUCAAUGACUACUAUCAGAAGCACCCAUCUCCUACCAGCUGCAGUUUCGGCGGAACAGCUCAAGUCACCAACACUGACCCAAGUACUGGUAGCUGUCGCUUUGCAUCUUCCUCAGCAUCAACCAGCAUGAACUCACCACCAACGCCAACAAUGUCGCCACCAACGCCAAUGAUGUCAACAACACCAUCAACACCGACAAUGCCGACAACAACUACAUCACCAUACACCCCAAGCAUCGCUACACCAGGUGGAGGAUCAACAAUUUAUGGUGACUCACCAACAGAUUCCCCUAACUCAGCAACCUCAAUCUCAUCUUGCAUGUUGCUGCUAUUCAUCAUGACUGGGAUCUUGGGGUCACUUCUCGCAGAAAAUUAUAUCUAAAGGGAAACUACGUUUCAGCUACUCUAUCUGCAAUUUGAUGGCAAGCCAUUCACUUGCCAGCAUCCUACAUAAAUUUCAACGAGGCCCCGAGACUCAAAACAAGCUACUAUGUUACCCCUAGGCCUUGUUCCUCACCAUUUGAAUUACUGCCAUACUUCGUCAAUGUAUUACCCAAUCGUUGACUAUUAAGCCUAAGGACAGAAAAGCAUAGAUAUUUUUUAGGUUCUUGUAUUUGUAGACAUAUAGGUCCCUUAUAUGCAGUUUUAGUACAAUAAAUUAUUAGUUAAGGCCACCAGGCUUCA